CGCGUCAUCGUUUUCUAACUGUACACACGUGCGCAGACGCCACACUGGAAUUCGACGGUGCGUAGCUUUCUGCGGAGAAUAUUUCAGCGUUUUGACUCAUUUUCAAUUGUCCUAAAAUGGCAAAAAGUCUCCGUAGCAAAUGGAAGAGGAAGAUGCGAGCCGAGAAGAGGAAGAAAAAUGCCCCAAAAGAGCUGGCUCGCCUCAAACAAGCUCUGAGCCUGGAUAAGAAAGGAGAAGCUGUCAUGGCUGAUGUGGAGGAGAUUGCCACUGUGGUGCCAGCUGCCAAGAUCAAGAAGCAGACAGAUGUUGAUAUGGCUGAGGUAGAGGGUGAUGACGGGAAGAUGGAAAUGGACAGCAAGCGAAACAAGAAAACUUUGCUGAAUGAACACGGCCAGUACCCUGCAUGGAUGAGUCAACGACAGGCCAAAAAACUGAAAGGCAAACGGAUGGCAAAGAAAGGCGGCCAGGGCAAAAAGAAGAAAGGAAUCUCCUGGUGAGAUUGGAGGAAAAACAAGAGAUUUGUUUGCCUUGAAGACUUUUGAAGCAGGAACACGGGAUCAUUUCAUGUAUUGUGUUAUACAUGAUAUGAGUCACUUCUGCAGUUGAAUCUUGUUCUGUGUGGCAUAGAACAAGAUUCAUCAUUAACCCACAGAAACUGAUGUUAUCAUGCGUCUCAGUGAAGGCAUUAUUUGUCCUUAUGGGACAGCAGCUUCACUUUGUUUGGCAGAGUUGUAAGAAAUCAAGGCCUGUACAGACUGUAUCUGAUGAUCUUUAGCAUGUCUUGUACAUUUUGAGACUCUGAUAAAAAGGAUUGUGUAUCAAUGUU